AACCACCAAACCCAGAGGUUCUGAGCAGCGAGAAGAAAGGGAUCGCCGGGAUCCCAAUCACUCACUCACACGCACAGACGAAUACGAAGCAGUAUAUAUAUAGACGCAAUCAUCGCAAACCCAGCACUCUUCAAGAACUAGGGUUUCCAGUUUAUGAUUCCCAGCUGUUUGGUCAGUAUAGGGUCUCUUGUUGCAAUUUGAAUCGCUGUGUAAAAUUUACAGGGCGAUUUGAAGGAAGUAUAGUUGUGGGAGUUGAAUGAUGGGAUUCAAGGCGGUGCACUGAUGUCACUGUUCUGGAUUGUGGUUCAUCAACUUGCAGAGAUCGAAGCAAUGGCUGCGUCGAAGAAAGUCAUAACAAGGGAAGACUGGGAGAAGAAGCUCAAGGAUGUAAAAAUUAAGAAAGAAGACAUGAAUAAAUUGGUGAUGAACUUUCUUGUCACCGAGGGUUAUGUUGAUGCUGCUGAGAAAUUCCGAAAGGAAUCUGGAACUGAACCAGAUAUUGAUCUUGCAACAAUCACAGACCGUAUGGCUGUCAAGAAGGCUGUACAGUGUGGUAAUGUGGAGGAUGCAAUUGAGAAAGUGAAUGACUUAAACCCUGAGAUUUUGGAUACAAAUCCCCAAUUAUUUUUCCAUCUCCAACAGCAACGGUUGAUAGAACUAAUUCGGAAUGGAAAAGUAGAAGAAGCCCUUGAGUUUGCUCAGGAAGAGCUAGCGCCAAGGGGAGAAGAAAAUCAAAGCUUUUUAGAAGAGUUGGAGAGGACUGUUGCACUGCUAGCCUUUGAAGAUGUGUCCAAUUGUCCUGUUGGAGAGCUUCUGGACAUAUCACAACGCCUAAAGACAGCAAGUGAGGUGAAUGCGGCCAUCCUUACCAGCCAGAGUCAUGAAAAAGACCCGAAGCUACCAAGCUUGUUGAAGAUGCUGAUAUGGGCCCAGAACCAGCUUGAUGAAAAAGCUGCUUAUCCUCGGAUAAAUGAUCUUUCCACUGCCAUGCUAGAAGACCCUACUGUCUAGAGGAUGUCCGUCCUACCUCCUUGUGUGGAGGAUUUAGGUUUCGUCUAGGCUUUCAUGGAAUGACAAAUGAUGUAUGUACAUUUAUCGCGAAAUGGCUGUAUCUACAUUCCUCCUUUGGAUGUUGUUUCAUUGCAAUCUUUGUUAAUUUUAUUAUCAUUUACGUUUCUGUGGCAUUCUCAACAUUUGUACAAAUGAUUGUCUAUAACAUCUCUUUUACGUCUAUUUCUUGA